UUGACCAGCUUUCGAAAUCGGCAUUGUUUUCACGGUUGUUUUAUCUUGUCAAAUAUGUAGAGAGGGUGUGUACGGAGCCAAGGAAGGAAGCCUGAAAAAAGAAAUUGUGUUUAAUAGGGGCGAAGAGGAGGAUUCAGUGAUAUGACUUCCCUAAUCGAACGCGAACAAGCAAGUAUAAAGAGCCCCAGAAGUCCUGGUCGACCGAGUAGUGGCCAGUUUAGCUUCAAGGGAUCUCUAUACGUGGCUCACAAUGAGAAAGAUUGGAUCGAAAUUCAGAAGAACACGUUCACAAAUUGGUGCAACGUUCAAAUUCAUCCGUACGGUGUACAAAUUACGAGUGAUCUAGCUGAGGCGUUCCAAGAUGGACUUUCACUUGUGUACCUGGUUGAAUCGAUUUCCACGAAGAAAGUUGGUCGAUACAACAAGAACCCGAGGCUGUACGCACAGAAACUUGAAAAUAUCACCAGCGCUUUGAAGUUACUACAGAGCGACGGGAUAAAGUUAGUCAACAUUGGGAACGAGGACAUUGCCAAUGGGAACGUGAAACUAAUUCUAGGUCUAAUAUGGAGGUUAAUCCUUCACUAUCAGAUCAGUUCAAGUGGCAGCGCCUCAGGCAAGCAGCUGCUGUUGUUAUGGUUGAAAAAUGCAAUCCCUGACAUGGUAAUCCGGAAUGUGACAACGGACUGGAACGAUGGUAGAGCUCUGAGCGCCCUCAACGAGUUCUGCCAACCAGGUCUGUGUCCAAACUAUAAGAGUCUAAACCCAGAGGCAAAACUGUCGAAUACGAGCGAUGCCAUGAAUGCUGCUGAGAAAAACUUCGGAAUCCCGAAAGUUCUUUCUCCGGAAUUCUUCGUCAGUCCCUAUGUCGACGAAUUGAGUAUGAUGACGUAUUUGUCGUAUUAUACACAACCGGGCUCCAUCGGAGAAAAACGAACACUGCAAUUUAUCAAUGAUUCGGCACCAGGCUUGAACGUGCGUAAUUUCAACACCGAUUGGAAUGAUGGAAAGAAAUUAUUGCAGUUUCUUGAAGCUCAGUGCCCUGGGAUUGUUCCAGGGUACGAAAAUAUUGAUCGGAAUAGUCCGUUAGAAAACGCUAAGCUAGGGCUGGAUAUCGCGGAGGAGAAAUUCGGAGUAAGGAAAGUUUUAACCCCGGAGGAACUUGUCAGUCCCGAUGUGGACGAGCUCAGCGUCAUGGCGUACAUGUUGCAAUUUCGUACAGCUGAUAAACUGCAAAGUCAUGCGCACAUCUUCAAGGCGGACGGCAACGGAAUUAAGCGGGGAGUUCGCGGGAAAACCUCCGAGUUUUUUAUAUACGGUCGCAAAGAUAUCGGUUUUGAUGGGGUACGUGUCCAUAUCCGAGGUCCGGACGGGGAGGAUUCCGUGCCAGUAGAAACACAAGUUGAAGCAGACGGCUCUCUCAGGUGCAAAUUUGUUCCCUUUGAAAGCGGCAUUCACACGAUCUCUGUAAAGCACUACGGUAAGGAAGUCCCUAAGGGCCCCUUUCAAGUAAUGGUGCAUGAGAACGUGGCAGAUGUUACGGUUUCUGGCGUAGGGAUCAAGAAUGCUGUCGUCUUCAAACCGGCAGAGUUCAUUGUUCAAACCAACGACGAGAACUCCCCCCCGGUCUCGGCGGUAGUAGAAGGACCGACCAAAACAGCGAACUGCAAUAUGGAACCUCUUGGAAAUGGAAAGUGGCGGGGAUAUUUUGUACCGCGGGAAGUGGGAGAGCACAAGAUUCGCAUUGAGGUCGGAGACACACCCCUGCUCGGAAGUCCCUUUACAACGAAAGUAGGAGAUCCAACCAAGUGCAAUGUAGCUGGGAGCGAAACUGCUCGCAACCCGACCAUAGGACGUCCCUCCUCCUUCGAUGUUGAUACUUCCGGGGCGGGACUGGGGGAACUGGCUAUCCAAUGCCGGGGCCCCGUAGGGAAUGUCCCUGUCGACGUGAAACCCACUGCACCCGGACGAUACAACGUAUCGUUUACUCCUAACAAGCCCGGGGAAUAUAAUAUUCACUUCGUAUUCAACGGGGAUGACAUACCGGGAAGUCCAGUCAAGACGAUAGUGAGUGAUCCCAGCCGGAUUGUAGCUCACGGAGAUGGUUUGCAUCAGGUGACUACAGAUUCUGAAGCAGAAUUCUUCAUUACACUUCAUGGCGCUGGUGAUGGAGAACUGAAAGUGUAUGGCGAGGCUCCAUAUGGGCACUUUCCUGUGGAUCUGCUACAGUCCCCUAAUGAAAAGGACACCUACAUUGUGCGGUACACUCCUCAGGGGGUGGGUCUGCACAAAAUCCUCCUUACUUAUGCACAGGUUAUAGUUCUGGAUUAUAUGACCUUUUUUUUUAAUCAGGUGGCGGACCCCAGACAAGUGACUUUGAAUACACGUGAGUUGGAGCGCGAACCAAAGCGCUUUACUGUCCGUCACGAGGUGGACAUACCUGUACAAGUGCCUAGCUCUGCUGGAGAGGGCCAACUGGAGGCUGCUGUUGUGGGCCCCGACCAGGAAAGUGUUCCCUCUAGUGUGACAAAGGAUGACGAUGGAUAUUAUCAUAUCCGGUUUGUACCUCGUCAAACUGGAGAACACAGAGUGAUGGUCAUGUAUGGUGGCAAGGAAGUGUCAAGUAGCCCUUAUGUCAUCCGUAUACGAGAUGCCACCAGUAUGAAGGUCAAGGUCACCGAGAUGGAGCAGAUGAGAACUGGUUACUCAGCGCAAAAAGAGGUUGAUGUUCCUAUCGAAGUUCCAGAAGAAGUUGAUGAGAUUUCCGCCACCGUCCAAGACGAGGAUGGCAAACCUAUAAAGUCAACGUUGACCUUUGAACCAGACGGCUUAUACCACGUGAGAUUUGUUCCGCACAAACCCGGUCGUUACACUGUAGAUGUGCGCUGUGGAGGACAGUCCAUAGAGAACAGCCCCUUCGUAAUGAAAAUUUCAGAAGCGGAGACAGUGUCGGUAAAACUGAAAGAGUUUGAAAAACAGGAGGGAGUUAGCUAUCACGUGGGGUACGAGGUAGACGUGCCCAUGGAGAUACCAUCCGAAGUAGAUGAAGUGUCAGCUGUGAUUUAUGAUCCGGAUGGAAAUAUUGACAAGUCAACUUUCAAGAAGGAAUCUGAUGGUCUUCACCAUUUGAGGUUUACUCCCAAAAAGAUUGGACAGUACAAGGUGGAUAUUCGCUGUGGUGGACGCUCAGUAGAGAACAGCCCAUUCCCCUUGAACGUGGCCCAGCCAAAAACGGCCGUUGUUCGUUUACGCCAACCAGAGGAGUCUGAAAACAAGUAUUUAGUUCGCCGUGAACUUGACAUAGCACUUGACGCGGCAGAAGGUACCAGGAACCUGUCUUCAUAUGUAGACGGACCCGAUGAGGAGAAUGUUCCAGCAUCUUUUGAUAAAGGAGACGAUGGCUUGUACCAUGUUAAGUUUGUACCUUACAAGCCUGGAACCUACAAGGUUCAUGUUAAGAGUAACGGCACUCCAGUAGCCAGUAGUCCAUUCCUAAUCAAGGUCGGCGACCCAGGCAAGGUCCAAGUUGCGCAUGUCCGUAGUGAGGAACUGUUUGCAGAGCGAGUCAUUAAGAACGAAGUGGAUUUAGCCGUGGAAAGUUCAUAUGACAUGACUGAUGAAGAUUUCUCCGCCAGAGUCACAGGCCCCGAUGGAGAAAAUGUCCCCUGUCACGUGAACAAGGGGCCUGACAAUCGGCAUCACGUUAGGUUUACUCCUCAUAAGGCUGGUCCAUAUAAGGUGGACGUUCGUUACCGGGGCGAGCCCGUACAAGGCUCUCCUUUCACUGUCAACGUCACGGAUCAGGGACAGGGGGGCCCAGUAGUGAAUUUCAACGAAUCCGAUCGAUUUUACGAGAACCGCGAGGCAGACAUCCCCAUUAUGAUCCCAGAGGGUUCAUCAGCAGAUUACCUCAAGUGCCGCGUUACUGAUCCAGAGAUGGAGUUACUUGAUUACGAGCUGACCUACGACCGAGGCUCCAACUUAUAUCACGUGCGAUUUGUACCGAAGAGACCUGGGCGCCACAGAGUAGACGUGGAAUACGAUGGUGUUCCUGUGGAUGGUUCGCCGUUUAUGAUGAAUAUUGAAGGAACCGAAGGACAUAAGAAGGUUUUUGCCUCGGGAGACGGAAUUAAAGGAGGAAUGGUGAACGAGAAGAUAGAUUUCAUGGUGGACGCCCGCACUGCCGGCCGGGGCAAGCUGACUGGGAAGCUUACCGGAGUCAAAUAUCACACUGAUGUAGAAGUCAUUGACUUGAAGGACGGGAGGUACGCAUGUCACUACUUGGUACCACAGGCUGGGGCUUAUGUCCUCUCACUAAUGUGGAAUGGACAGCACAUACCUAACAGUCCUUAUAAGGUCACUAUCAGAGAAGCACAAGCUAUGAGCGCCAAAAGUUGUUUUGUUGAAGGGAGCAUGCUCAAGGAGGGCGCAGGAGCCACAGUGGGCCAAGCCAUGGGGUUCAGUAUCAACAGCAAAGAUGCAGGCCCGGGGCAAUUGUAUGUUCGCUGUCAAGGACCCACAAAAGACUGUGAUUGCACAGUGUUCGACAACAAGGAUUCUACUUAUCAAGUACAAAUCUUCCCUUCCGAAGUUGGGAACCAUCUCGUGUAUGUGGAGUGGGGAGGAAGACCUGUACAUGGAAGUCCCUUUUUGGUACGCGUGGGACAGCCCCCUGAUCCCAGUAAAGUUCGUGUGUACGGUCCUGGUUUGGAGAACGGAUUGCUACGAAAUUUCAAGGGGGAAUUCCUGGUAGAAACUAAAGGUGCUGGUCCGGGAACACUUAAGAUCAGAAUCCAUGGACCCAGAGGGGCCUUCAAAGUGGAGAUGUACCGGGACACAUCAAAGGAGCGUUCUAUUGGAGUGCGAUACAACCCCACAGAGGCGGGACGGUACAUUAUUAACAUCAAAUGGGCCGAUCAGCAUAUACCUGGAAGUCCUUUUGAUGUCACGAUAGUUGAAACAAGAGACGAACUUGAAUCGCUUAAUGAAUUGAAGGACAAUGCAGUUCUAUUUCAACAAAGGGAUGCUAGAUUAUAGGAGACUGGUAGCUAGUAAUUUUUAAACCUGUACCCAACCUUUUCUCGGUCAGUCAUUCCCAAGAUGGCGACCGUAAGGCUGAAAACUCCGCAUUUUGAAUCAUCUCGAUCUAUCAAUCUGGCCUAUAACUGCUAAAUUUUUUCCUUAUUUUAGUCGGUGCUAGGUGGUCGAUCUAUGGAGACAGUGUAAGUCUGGGAGGGAAAAAAUGGCGUGCUUUCACAGACUUCAUGGUUUUCUCUCGCACGUUGUUUUCGAUUCCACCGACCGAGAGUCUGGCAUAUGCUGAUUUCUUUUUCAAUCAUUGCAGUUGUCACAUAUCGGUGUUAGCAGUUAUUGAUUUAAAAACUUAGAGUAGGGGGGAGGGGAGGGUAGUUGGAGAGGCUGAGUAAAAAAUGCGGUCUUUUUGUCGGUGAAUAUUCAAAAUUAUUAUCCAACUGCACAAAGUAGAAUACAAAUAACGCGCGAACAGAGUGCAAAUAUCCUGCGAUAUUGUACGGUUAUUUGGACAGUAGGUUAUUUUGCACUGUAAAAAAACCUGUUUAACCAGUCGGCUGCGCGCGCUACGCUUCUCUAUCCGCUUUGCUUUUCCCGUGUGAUGAGAAAUGAUCAGAAGAACUUAGCAGAAGAAAAAAAGCAGUUGGUUAAUAAAUAGUUUCUUAGACGUUUUGGUUCGUAGUAUCGCUGAGUAUUUUUAAAAGUUGUGCCACAUGGGCGAGUAAAAUUCCAAACAACGAGUAAAAAUACUCGGCGAUACUACACAUCAAAACGUCUCAUAACAUAUAUGUAUUUAUGGAUACAUAGCCUGCUUUCGUGAGUGUAGAGGUUAAUGCCUGUUCUCUAAGCAAUUCCGCUGAGUAUACGGUAUGAACCUUUGUAUUACGUCGUACUCACUGACCUUGCCAUUGGCGGGCUGAAGACAACAUCAUUUUGAUUGACAGAAUUUUGGAUUGAUAUGGUUUACCUGGGUUUUCUAAAGGCACUGGGCGUGUUUACAGUUACCCAUAGUGAAUGUUUGGAGGAGCACGACAUUUUUUUAAAUUAUCGGAAUUGGUAUUGGAAUAUCAUACACACAACUACUGUAUUUACUCUCAACUUAUGAAAAAAUGCUCAAUCGUACCUGCACAGACUAAAAUGGUCACGAAUAAAAACAGAUCUUAGAUCUGAAGGGGUGUAUUUUGAUGUUCGUCAGCCAAAUUUAAAUAGUCCUAUUUAAGGUAACCAUUCGAUAUUUAUAUGGUACUUUGGUUAGAUUUAAUCUACUGGUUUAAAAUAGAUAUGCUGAUAUGGUUUUAGUACGAUAGAAGUAAACACGAGUGCGUAAUUUCAAGGUUAAUCAAACCUAAUUUAUCAAUGUGUAUUGCACAUAACUACAUACUGUGCAACCAAAAAUAUUCGUUAAUUUUGUAGGUUGUUUUAAUUGUUUUAAUUGUUUCAUCUAUCUUAAACAACCAGGAUUGAGUAUUUACAUAUUUUAGAACUUUUGGAAGAGUUUACCUCGAUUAUGUGUUGACUGGCUUGAAAAGCAUAAUUCUCACUAUAUUUAAACCUAAUACUAAAAGUUUCCUCGCAUAGGUGGAGGAAAAAAGAAAAAAACAAACAAACAAAAAUAUCAAGUUAGAGACGUGGAAGGAAUCUAGGUGAUCCAGGGUAAGAUUAAUAUUUUCAAAAGGUAGUGUGUAUUGUAUUUUUAGUCAGGGCAUGGUGUGAGCUUGCAGCGAUUGGAAGCAGCAUAGAAAUCUUUUACUACCGUUGUAGGGGUUGAGCUGCAGCAGAGUGGAGUGAACUUCCCAUAAUGAUAGCCGAUGGAUCGAGUAGAAAUUCCAGAAGAAGGCUGUCUUUUUCUACAUCGAUACAUUUUAAGGUUUUUAGCUAGAUUUUUUCCUUAUGUGUAAAUAAAAGUCUAUUUUGGCCA